AUGUCCCAUCUGAUCGGGUACAACCUGGGCGCUCUUCAUAAGGCAAGUCGCGAACUCAACGGAAAGAUUGGUACCGUAUACUAUCCUUCAGCACCAACGAUCGACAAAAACCCUUCAAUCCCUAGUCCAAGGACUUUCGACUUCCUUGACAACUGGCACCAGGACAAUCUGCCCACUCCAUCCCAAUGCGCAGUCCAUCUAGAACUGCUCGAAGUUUUCCACGCGCUGCGCAUAAGAGUCUUGGAUUCCAAAUCCCUUGAUAAAGUCUUUAACUUGGGUGGCCCUACCAAAAAGGUUUACCGGCCCAGGUUCAUCAAAGGCUUGGGGAAGUGGGUGAAUGAAGAGACCACCUUACGAGACACGACGUGGGAAAAUAACCAGGAUAAGAAGUGGACGUUCUAUCUUGGCGAAGCAGCGAAAAGGUUCAUAGUAUGGGCCAAUGACUUUAAUACUUCGUUGGCCUCUGGAAGGAAGAAGCAUGGUAUAGAUGACGGCAAUGGGGGAAUAUUGAUGACUGAAGAUUCGUUCUUACCUCCCGUGGAUGUCCUCAUGGUCUGGCAUGCCUUCUUACUUAACCCCAUCGACUUUCUGGAGUACUGCCAAACAAACUCAUUGAACUACCUCCCAAGGGUGAACUUCCCAUGGACCUUAAUUCACAAGUCCAUCUGGGCUCACGGUCCCAUCCGUGAUACUUGGAAAUAUGACUCAGACACCUGGAAAGUUCCAAAAGGAGGGUCUGUGUAUGCAGGAGUCCUGCUUCAUUCUAUCAUCAAGGAAGGCAAUAAAAAAGGGCUGGACAUCAAAAAGGUCUCUCGCCCCACUAUCGUCGUUAAACUUAUGGACAACGUCGAGCGUCAGCGCGUCUUUGUAAAAAAGAUGAACGCACAUCUCUGGAUUCGAAGUCCAGCCCUGCAAGGAACCCUCCAAAGAGCAGUUGACCGCUAUGAGAACUAUCUCGAGCUCUUCAGACUCUAUCCAGGCAAGAUGCUCGUUCCCACGCUAGACAUCGACCUUGUCUGGCACACAAGUCAGCUUUCGCCUGCAGCGUACGAGACUUCCGUGAAGGCGCGGUGCGGCCGUUUCAUCAACCACGAUGACAAGAUUGCGAAGUAUAAGCUGAACGCUGGUAGCGAUGAAACGCAGGCACUCUAUCGUACCCAUUUUGGGUUAGAGUACCAUGCUUGCUUGUGUUGGGAAUGCCAGGCUAUCAUGUCAGCCGUAGAAGGUCCCGAAAGGCAUGGGAGCCUCGACGAACAGCGAUCCCCUACAUUCACUGAAGAUCUUGCUGAUAAGUUAUUGGCAGACUUGGAGUAUCACCGCGCAGUGGAAUCCGCAAGGCGGAGAAACCAUGUCAAGUUACCUGUUCGUGAGAAGAUCAGUUAA